AUGGUUGAUUUUGUUUGGCAUAACUGCAAGGGUAAGAAAGGAUUCCAGAAAUAUACGUAUCAAAAAUUAAGUGACGAAUUGGAAGUAUAUGCUCCAAGGUUUCCAAUGAUGUCAACACAAGAGUUAGUUACAUGGGCUAAAGAUUGCCAUCCAGAUGUAUCAAUCCACGCUUAUGAUUCAACAUGGAGGAAAUUUAUGAAGCAUAAUCCACUUCACCAACAUACAAUCGCAUUAGUAUUUUAUAUUAAGGACCAUCAUCUAUACCCCAUUCAAGAUAACCACCUCAAACAGAUCGCUACAGAGGCUAACCAAGGUGGCGCCGAUAAUCUAUGGCGCUACAUGUCAGAACUCAAAUGGUCAAAUCGAUCGAGUAACUAUAUUAAGUAUCAACAACUUGUCGAUAAUGCUGAUGCUGACAUUGUCAAACAAAAGGACAACAAAGCAGACAAACCAACACUGCUAACAAUAGAAAAUCACGUAAUCAUCCUGCCGGAGGAUAUGAAGAUCGACUACGUCAUUGAGGAAUGUAUGAUACGCACCAAUUAUUUUGUCGAGUAUUUACAUUACGAUAAUAACGGAAGAUUGGAUGGUUUUAUGGACCAUAAACAUAAUAUGUACAUACUGAACAAUGAUUAUGACAUUAGAAAGGAAAUAUGUAGGAAGUUAUUCAGGAUGUACAAAACACAUGAUUUUAUAUGGUGCAAUCAAUCAUACACAGCUUUGGCAUCAUCGAUGUUCAAACACAUGAGAGAAUACCUCCCCGAAUCACAGUAUGACACUAAAACACGGGAAGUACUUGAUGAUUUUUAUCCCCGAGCUCUUCAAUGGUGUGCAAGUGAGGAAUUACCUGAGUUUGUCACAUCACUUGAUAUCUGCAAGUGUUAUCCAAGUAUCCUGAUUAACAAUACGGAAUCGAUACCUCUCUACACAAUAAAUGAUGUAAUAUUGUCGUACGAUAAUAAUGAACUAGUACCCGGUGAAUAUUAUAUCGACGAAUAUCAAAUACCAAUGGGGGACAGCGACGUCGGGAUAGAAGCUGGAUUUUAUAGUAGGCGAACCAUAAAAAUAUUAAUCGAGAAGUUUAAUAUGCCAAAAACACAGAUCAAUUGGUAUAUACCGUCACGGAAGGCAUUGCGUUGUGAUACUUUCAAGAACUACCUGUUGGCAAUCUUCAGUCUAUUUCCAGAGUCUGAAGCAAAACUACUCGCAAAUUCCUUCAUCGGAAAUCUCGGAAAGAGGUAUAGUAGGAAAGAUAGUGGGUUUGUAUGUCAGUCAAUGGAUACUGUUCCAUGCAUUUGGACUUCAGCACUUGCUGAGAAUCGGAAUAUCACUAUUGACAGUUAUCGGAAUCCUACAACUAAAAAUGAACUGUACCUUGUUAGAGAAAGCAAAGUAGAGCGUAUAUUAUCACACAAUGCAUCGAUUAACAGAUUUGUCAUCAGUGAAGUCAUAGCUAACUGUCUCGAAAUGGUAUACGAUAAUUGGGAAGAGGAUAGUAAACUAUAUGCUGUCAACACUGAUGGAAUAUUUAUAAGUAACCCAAAAAAUAGUUAUCCAAACAAGAAAGAUGUCGAGUUUAAACCUGAGAAUAUUGGUAAUGUCUAUCAAACGGACAGCAAAUUAGUAUACUUUGAGAAACAUUAUAGGGAAAAUUUCAACACUGACAAUUAUGAUGAUUAUGUGGGCAAUGGCGUUAUUUACUACCGAAUGGCCGGAAGUGGUAAAACAUAUAGAUUAUGUGAAAUGGCAUCUCAGGCCGAUAACCCCAUAAUACUAUCUUUUACAAACAAAGCAGUAGAGAACGUAAAAUCAGUGUUUCGUAAGCUGAACCAACCAUAA